CCGCCUGCUACUUUAGAAGAAGUAGGAAAUGUAACAGAAUUCACAGACACUGUUGGAAUGGAUUCUCCUUUGAUAUGUCUUUGAUCUGCUGUCUUUACCUUAAAUGUUUUCCCCAUUGCGGGACUAAUAAAUGACUUCUUAUUGAGGUGCUAAAUAGUCUGUAGCUAGCCCGUGUUUAAGGGUCAUAUCAUAUUUAAUAAAAUGGAAGGUGCAAACGCGAGGCUACGCGGAGGAAGCAUGUUUAGAAACAAAGAGAAGUGUAGCGCACUACUGUGGAACUAUUCUACUACCGCGGAUGUGCACAGAGCUUUAGGGCACGGUGGGGGUGACGUCAGACUUUGUGCUCCACCGUCCUUCCGUCGAGGCAACAGGCUGAGCGCUGCUGUGUUUUCUCGGGCGAAGAUGGCUGCGGGUCCCCUCUCAGUAUCUUCCAACGCGUCCACUAACAACGAUGGCAUCCUCAUCGGUGACAAAGUUUACUCCGAGGUUUACCUCACCAUCGACAACUCGCUCAUUCCGGAGGAGAGACUCUCCCCGACACCGUCGAUGCUCGACGGCCUUGACUUGAACACCGAGACCGACCUUCGCAUCCUCGGUUGUGAGCUGAUCCAGUCGGCGGGCAUUCUUCUCCGGCUGCCCCAGGUGGCGAUGGCGACCGCACAGGUGCUGUUCCAUCGGUUUUUCUACUCCAAGUCCUUCGUGAAGCACAGUUUCGAGAUUGUUGCCAUGGCUUGUAUCAACCUGGCCUCCAAAAUUGAGGAAGCGCCACGACGAAUACGCGAUGUCGUCAACGUUUUUCACCACCUGAGGCAGAUCCGAUGCAAAAAGACUCCAAGUUCAUUGAUACUUGAUCAGAACUACAUAAAUACCAAAAACCAAGUAAUCAAAGCGGAGCGGAGGAUCCUGAAGGAGCUGGGCUUCUGUGUGCAUGUCAAGCAUCCACACAAGAUUAUCGUCAUGUAUCUUCAAGUCCUGGAAUGUGAAAAGAACCAGACACUGGUCCAGACGGCCUGGAACUACAUGAACGACAGUCUGAGGACAAACGUAUUUGUGAGGUUCCAAGCUGAGACUAUUGCCUGUGCCUGCAUAUUCCUUGCUGCCCGUGCUCUGCAGAUACCUCUGCCAUCCAAACCUCAUUGGUACCUACUGUUCGGUGCCAGUGAAGAUGAGAUUAAAGACAUCUGCAUCACCACCCUGAAACUGUACACCAGGAAGAAGCCUAACUAUGACCACCUGGAGAAGGAAGUGGAGAGAAGGAAGAUGUUUUUAGCGGAAGCUAAGCUGAAGGCCAAAGGCCUGAAUCCUGAUGGAACCCCUGCACUGUCCACACUGGGUGGCUUCUCCCCUGCGUCCAAACCCUGCUCUCCAAGUGUGGUCAAAGUAGAAGAAAAGUCCCCCAAUCCCCAGACUCUCAAACCAGUAAAGAAGGAGCCAGACAACCGGGCCCAGGUCAACAAGAGUCCACACAAUGGGUUAAGGAAAGAGGUCAAGAUCGGGAGGAACAGCAGGAGCGGAAGUCGUUCUUGUUCAAGAACACGUUCCCGGUCUAGAUCCAGAUCCCCUCGCAGACAUUACAACAGCAGACGCAGUUGCUCAGGGACCUACAGCUCUCGCUCACGUUCUCGCUCCCACAGCCGGAGCCCUUCGCCUCGGCGGCACCCGCCCUCACCCCUUCUCCCCCACCUCAAGUCUAAGACCAGUCACCACAGCAAUAGUGACUCCAAGCCUAGCGGGCGCCAUAGCAACAGUGGAGGAUCCGGCCACAAGAGGAAGCGCUCGCGUUCUCGGUCAAGGUCCCGCACGCCUGUCAAGGUGGACAGGGAACGGGACAGAGAGAGGGAACGGGAGAGAGACAGAGAACGCAGCUCGUUUGACCUCUCUUCAAAAAAACACAAACAUGAACGAGGAGGUCACAGAGGAGACCGGAGGGAGAGGGAGAGGUCUCGUUCCUAUGACCGGGAAAGAGAGAGGGAGCGUAGCCACAAGAGCAAACACCACAGCAGUAGUGGACACUCAGGACAUGGUCGUCAUCGGCGCUGAGAGACACACACACACUCACACACUCCCGUCAGACUAGCUCUGGGGCUGAUAGUCACUGAAGUGUUUUCAGUUUCCUCAAAACAAAAUUAGAUCCUGCAAGUUCUCUGUAUACUGAUGAAUCAAGUUAACUGUCGGUAAAUAAUCAGUGUGACUGAUCCUUUAAUGAAGACUAUUACUGAAAGUCCUUCAAAGGUUACACUACAGCUAAUAUGAAAGUAAACCAAAUAUCUGCAGCAUCAGAUGCAGACACAUCAGGGGGCUUGGUCAAGAACCAAUUAGAAACAGUCAAAGCCAAACAGCACAGUGCUGUCUAAUGGAGAACACGCCAGGUCUGAUUUCAUUUUGUGUGUAACAUCAGUCAAACUCCAACACUGUUGUUUCUGGGUUCCUCACUUGUAUCCUGAAUCAUUGAAAGUAUUUAAUUUGUAUGGAUGUAGAUUUUUCAAAGCUGGACUUCUGUUGGCUUCAGUCAAAUAACACAUACCUGUAGAAACAUUUAUUUUGUCCUAAUGGGAAACUUAAAGCUUGAUAUUGGAAGCUGCUCUGGAAGCACUGACUCCUACACACAGCUUCUGUAUGCACACACGCCUUGGUGAUGGGACAUUUAUCACUUUGACUACGGCUGACACAGCAGCCGCCUGUAGCUGAUGCUUGGCCGAGGUUGUGUUGGUGUAGAGUGAAGGUGUGCAUCAGAGGAACCUGCUGCUGCAGUAACUACCAGCAUGUGCUGUUUGUAGGUGUUAAGAGUCUAGAGCCUUUUUUCAGUUUUUUUCCACGUGGUUGGAUGUGAUCAGUGAUCGGUGAGUAGAGGUGUCGACACAGUGCGACAUCAGUCGAGGACCUGCAGGUUUUUAUUUUUAUUUUCCCAUGAUGCCCUCCUCCACACAUACACACCUCGCAUCCCUCUAGCCUACCCUUAUGUCUUUGCUUUUACAUGUAAAGUUACAGACUCUGGGGAGAGGGAAACUUAUUUACAGUGUAAAGAUGGAUUGAUAGUCUGCUGGCAAAAUGUGAACGCUUUGAUUUAUAAAAGCAAAACUUGGCAGUGGAAGGGUUGAAUGAAUAAAUGUAAAAUAAAAGUGAUCAUUCAGGAAAGAUCAAUAUGUUUGCACAAAGGGACUGGCAGGAGAGUUUUAGUUUACUUUUGCUUUUUGUUUUCCUUUUGGACAGGUGCAUGUUGCUAAAGCUGUUGUACAGUUUCAAAAAAAAGAAGCAAACUGGGUCUAAACUUCAAUUUAAUUGUCUUUUUUUUUUACAGCAGGGGAGGCAGAGUUGAUUUCAAAAAAUUUUAGGGUUGUCAAUUUGUUACACUGGUUUUUAGUCUGCACGUGUUCAUGUCCAAUUUUUAUUCAAUAAUAAAUGAGUUAUGCCACUGA